AAUCAAUCAAUCAAUCUUAUUGUUGAUUGUUCAUAACAUUGCAUUUUAUUUUUAUCUGACCUUUGGUUAUCUACCUAAUUUUAUAGAGUUUCAGCAUUAAUAGAGUACACUUCCACAUUUAUUCAAAAUUGAAUCAAAUCAAAUCAUAUCAUAUCCACUUACAUCAAUCAAUCAAUCAAUAUGCCACAACAUUUAAGUUCAACAACCUCAAAUGAAUACACUAUAAGUAGUGUGGUCAAUAAUCAGACAUCAACUGCCAAUGAAAUGACUGUGGUGGAGUAUAAAAGAAUAGGUGAAGGUGCAUUUGGAACUGUGGUUGAAGCCAAAUUAAAAUAUACCAGUCAUAAUAAUAAUACCAGUACGAUUACCACAACAACUACUACUACUACUACUGAUUCUGAGAAUCAAUGGUUAGGACCAUUUGCCAUCAAGAGAGUACCCGUUCAAACUGAAUAUAAAUCAAGAGAAUUAGAAAUCUUAAGAGAAGUAAAUCAUCCAAAUAUAGUUAGUUUAAGAUUUUAUUUUGAAAAGGAAAGUUCAAAUCCUAAAGAUAAAACGAUUUAUCAAAAUUUAGUAAUGGAAUGUUUACCAUCAAAUUUACAAAAUGAAAUUAAAUAUUAUAAACAAUCAAAAUAUACCAUACCUUAUCCUCAUAUGAAAGCUUAUACUUUCCAAUUAGCUAGAGCUAUGCUUUAUUUACAUGGAUUUGGUAUAUCACAUCGAGAUAUUAAACCAUCUAAUAUUUUAGUUGAUCCUGCUACUGUUACUUUAAAAAUUUGUGAUUUUGGUAGUGCUAAAAAAUUAGAACCAAAUCAAGAAUCAGUUAGUUAUAUUUGUUCAAGAUAUUAUCGAGCUCCAGAAUUAAUUAUAGGUUGUACAAGAUAUACUCCUAAAAUUGAUAUUUGGGGAUUAGGAUGUGUGGUUGCGGAAAUGUUUUUAGGUAAACCAUUAUUUCAAGGUCAAGAACCAGAAUUACAAUUGAAAGAAAUUACAAAAUUAUUAGGUCCACCUGGUAAUAGUUUCUUUUUUAAUAAUAAUGAAAAUUAUAGAGGUAAUAUGUAUUCAACUAAAACAUUCACUUGUAAAAUCGAUCAACGAUUUAAACAAGUGUUUAGUAAUUCUCCUCCUGAUGCUAUUGAUUUAUUAUUAAAAAUAUUGGUCUAUAGUCCUGAACAAAGAGCAAGUCCAAGAGAAGUAUUGGUUCAUCCUUUCUUUCAUGAAUUAAAGAGUAAAGAUUUUUAUGUAUAUCCUAGAGGAUCAAAUAAACCAAUUAAAUUAGAUUUAUUUAAUUUCAGUCCUCUUGAAUUGAAACUUUUAGGUCCUUAUAAAGAUGAAUUAUUAUCAAGUAUAUGAAAUGUGAAAAUAAUAUUUCGUAAGUAUAAUAGAAGAUUCAAGUUGGCUAAUUGAUUAUUAGUAUAGUUGUUGUCGAUGUUGUUGUUGUUAUGUUUUGUCAUUGUCAUUUAUUGUGUGUAAGUAGUUUUAGUUUUAUAUCUAUUUUUU